CGCCUUUAUACAAAGUGUCAAAAGUCAAAACUCAAACGUGUCAAAAAAAUAAAUAAAUAAAGUUUGACAGAUGGAUUUAUUAUAUUAAUUAAUACAAUAGUUAUGGCACUUGAGAAAAAAAAUUAUGACUCAAUAUGAGUAAUAUGAAGUGACGAUUUAUUGAUAAAAUAAUAUGAGGAAAUAUAAAAUUCAAUUAGUGAAAAAAAGAGUAAUUCAAAUGAUAGGUUAACAGGUGUAUUGGAGAACAAUACAUUUCCAAUAAAAUUAUAGAGAUAAAAUAAUUAAUAUGAAUUCAAAAACCAAAGGUCAGCUGCAAAGUAGCAGCACAAAUGACAAUGUGCAACCAGAAAAAGAGCCAAAAGUACAGAAUCAACUGAAUAAAGAAGAUACAAUGAGAAAAACAGAAACUCCAGAAGAAUUAAAAACACAACUUGGUGUAUUGAUGAAUUCAUUGGCAAUAUUAUCAGCUGAAAAAUCAAGAAUGGAGGCUAAUUUUCAAUCAGAUAAAAAGCUAUUAAGAAAUGAACGUGAAGAGUGUGAAAAAACAGUUAAAGAUUUAAAAGAAAAAUUAAAACGUGCACAACAUAAUACACAAUUAGAAGUGGAACAUGUCAAGUAUAAAUUAAUUAUGGAAAGACAUGAACGUGAAAAAGAACAAGCAGAUAAUUCAUCAAUGAUUAAAGAACUUCAAAGAAUUAUUACUGAUGAAAGACGUAAUAAAGAAAUACUUGAACAACAAAUUAAAGAUAUAAAAAAUCAAAUGGUUAAUAAAACACAAAAUAAAUAUCUUGAAGCUGAAUUAGAAAUAGCUAAUAAUAAAUUAAAACAAGCAGAGGCUGCUGUUAAAGAAACACCACCAAUGCUUUUAUCAUUACAAUCUGAACUCGCAAAUUUAAAAAAACAAUAUAAAAAUGCACUUCAUGAGGAAAGAAAAAGAGUAGCAAAUGCUGAACAACAAGCUAAAAUUUUAGAAAUGUCACAUGAAUCUAGAGUUGCUGGUUUAGAAUCAAGACUUGCUGAAUUAUCAGAAACUGUUGGUGGAUAUGAUAGACUACGACAAAAUGAUCAACAUGCUAUACAAAAAUUACGAGAUCAACUUGUUGAUUUAAAAAUAAAUGAAGACAAGGAACAAGAUACUACAACUGACAUAAAUGAUCCAGAUAUUAUUAAACAUAAAAUACGUGAUUUGUAUUGUUGUUUAAUAAAUAUUAAUAAUAAAAAUAAUUCAAUUAACAUAAAAGAUUUUUUAGAAAGUUUAAAUUUAAAAGAUACCAAUGAUGACAUUGAUUAUCAAAAAAAAUAUGAAUUACUUCAACAAGAAUUUGAUAAAUAUAAACAACAAUAUUCAAAUACAGUUGAUAGAAAUAAUAGUUUGAAAUUGAAAAAUAAUAAUAGUAAUAAUAAUGCACAAGAUAAUAGUUCAGAAUUAAAUUUAAGAAAAUCAUAUUGUAAAAAUUUAGAAGAAAGAAUACGUGUAUUAAAUCAUGAUAUUAAUAAUUAUGAAAAUGAGUAUAAAAAAAAAUUAGAUCAACAAAUGCAACAAAUACAAGAAGAGAGAAUAAGAUUUGAAAGAAUAUUGACACAAAAAGAGACUGAUUAUCGUGGUAAAAUAGCAACUCUUGAGCAUCAAUUGUUACGUCAACGUGAAAGAUCAUUGGCAUUAAUUGAGGAUAAAGAAAAAGAAAUUUUAACUCUUAAAUCAUCAUUUCAUGCAAUAUUAACAAAAAAUAAUGAUCCAUUAAAUAUUGAAAGACAUAAAAAUGAUGAAAAACGAACAAUUGAACCAUCAGCUGAUUUUAUAACAGCUCUUCUUUCAGUUGAAAGUCCACCAAUGUUACACUAUGCUCAAGAAUUAGCACGUAAAGAUAUUCAAGUAUCUAAUUUACGUAAACAAAAUAAUGAAUUAGAAGCAGAUCUUAGAAAAAAUCAACGAGAACUUUUAGCAGCCUCAGAACGUCAUGCCAAAGAAAUUAAAAAUUUGGAAUCAAGUAUAACAAGAUUGGAAGCUUAUAAAUCUCGUGAAGGUGCUAAUUUAGAAUAUUUAAAAAAUGUCAUUGUUAAUUAUUUAACAAGUAAUGAUCCCUCUAGUCGACGACACAUGAUGAAUGCAAUUUCAACAGUUUUACGUUUUACAAAUGAUGAAAUUGAUAAAAUUCAACGAGCUAAAUGAUAUUGACAACACAAUCUAUUAAUUGUAAAUUUUAAUUUUAAUCAAAUGUAUUUAUAACAAUCAUUUUAUUUUAUGUAAAAUAUUCAUAUACAUAUUUAAUAUGGAAAAGACACAAUGCACUGAUGUUAAAUAAAAUUUCAUAUUAAAAAUA